CUGAGAUCCGAAGAAGUGCAUCUCAAUCUGCAACGAGCUUGUUCAGCCAGAGGGAUUUAUUUGAGUGCUGCGAAAAUAUCGAGUUCGUCGAGCAUUUCCCUCGUGCAUACCAACCAGCCGCCAAUUGUGGCGGCGUUUUUCUUCACAUCCGCCGCACCGACUGCAUCGUAUCUCAGAACGGCAACGGAGCGUACGGACCGCGUUUUUUGGAUAUACUUUCCGCGAGCAGGAACAGGCAUUCCAAACUGGCAAUUUUUACGAGCAGACACGCAGUUGAUGCUGCUGAUGUGGGAGAGCAAUUAUGAGGCGAAAAUUCUGCACUGGAGCGGCGCCGGUUUCGUCAGGUCCAACGUUUCGUGGAAGAGUGGUGACAAAAUAACUUCAUUAAACGCCCUCGCCCAUCCCAAAAUGAGCUUGGCAGGCAAAGUAAUAAGCGUCGCCGUUUUCCAUGAUCCACCGUUUGUGAUUUUGCCGGCGGGCGACUCGGAAUUUUCGCAGCAGGCCGUCCGCGGCUGGCUGGUCGAAUUGUGGCUCGAGCUGCAGGCCCGCAUGAAUUUCACCUCGAAAUUUUACCGCACCGCAAGACAAAGCGGGGGAAUUUUUAAAAGGGCCGUCACCGAGCUGCAAUCCGGCAGGGCGGACGUCGUGCUCGCACCGUUUGCCGUUGUUUUCGGUGACGCGGAUGUCAUUGACUUCACCGCGCCGGUCACUACUUUGAGUUUCGGCUUUGUGGUGCCUCGAAUAUCCGCCACUUCCAGUCUGAACCAAUUUCUGAAGCCUUUUCCGCUACGCCUGUGGACAGCAAUCGCCGCAGUACUGACCCUGGCGGUUAUUUUAAUGACCACAGCCUUCAUGCUGGGCCAAAUUUUCGGCUUUGAAGCUGCAAACCGGCCUCUGUACGGACUUUACGAAUCGGCGCUCAUUAUUUACGGCUCACUGCUAACACAGGGCCCCGACUUUUCUCCUCGCUCGCUCUCAGCGCGGACGAUUUUGUGGUGCUCGUACGCGUUUGGAGUUUUGAUGGGACUGGUCUAUUCCGCUUCGCUCACCUCUAAAUUGACUUUGGGGAUUCUGGAGCCGCCAUUUACGGGGCUGGAUGAGUUUCUCGCAACGUCCUACACACCGAUUUUGGUCACUGACUCUCCACCUCAUCGAUUGAUCACGAGUGCAGUGUCGGGUGCUUGGCGAGAUAUGCGCGAGAGAAAGCCGCAGCCGCGCGUUGUGCAAAACAUAGAGAGCGCUCUGACCGAGAUAGUGGAUCCGUGGUCAUCAGCUACUCUGCUGGACGCCAAGGAGCGAAUGCUACCCAAAAUUCUUGACCUCGCUUUGGAAUGCAAUUUGAUGAUGGCAUCUCAGGAAAACGUUUUCCAGCUGCCGGCCCACUUGAUGAUAUCCAAAAUGUCGCCUUUGAAGAAGCCUAUAGACCAAACGCUUGCAAGAAUGCUCACCAGCGGACAAUUAACCAGACUGAGGCAACGGUGGUUGCGUAUUCCAUCAGCCGAGGAAUUUUGCCCGCGGACCACGAGUUUGCUCCAGUUUGGAAUGGAAAAUGUUGCAAUGCCGUUUUACCCACUGGCCGGAGGAUUUUGCAUCGGAGUUUUGCUUCUUUUCUGCGAGCUUGUGGCACGAAGGUGGCUCUGGGACCAAUUCCAGCCGCUGGAACUUCUACGGCAAAUAAUGCUGCAAUAUUCUGCGAGGACAACCAUGCAAAACAAUUUAUUCUAA